CUUACGCGCCCGUAAUAACUCUACGUUGUCGCCAGGAACUUAGUUACACGGCGAACGCCGGUUAGACUUGUGUUCUGGGAUACGCAGCUUCAUCGGGAGAGAAAUGUAUCCUUGGUACUUCUUUGAGGACUAGAUGUGAUUACCUUGAGUAGGGCACGAGGUUGUUAUUGCUCUGUAGAAUUUUUGGAUUCUUUACUUACUAGUCUCAUUCAAACCACCGCCAUCCUGGGGAAUUAUACGUAAGGUUGGCAGGACUGUUCGGAAAAUUCGGAAAGUGAACAGGUGUUUUUUGAAUGGAUUAGCCAGAAUAGCCCGGCGGUGCUGCUGGUGUGUUUACGAGACGAGGUAGACACUGGGAAAAUGGACACAGGCGUUGAGCCAACGAUGGCUCGCUGUUCUAAAUGAGAUUCAUCGAAGAGAACAGCCAAGAAGGAUGAAAAUGUAAAAGAGUGGUCAAUCCACGUUUAAACUAAUCAUAUCGGAAGCGUCGGACUCCAGAAAGCCACCAUAAAUAUGCCACACCAGUUUGGUUUGCCAACCAUGGCCCACGGGAUGCAGUCGCCACCUUCCCCGACAGCCGUGAUGUCUUAUCCCCGUUUUGGCACGGGUGUCUACAGGCCGGAUCAUCAGGAUCAACGAUUAACUCGCGAAGCCAUGGAACGUUACUUGCGUGACCGUAGCGAUAUGGUUAUAGUAAUAUUACAUGCAAAAGUCGCCCAGAAGUCAUACGGCAAUGAGAAACGAUUUUUCUGUCCACCUCCCUGCAUAUAUCUCUUUGGCGACGGCUGGAGGAUGCGUCAGGAGCAGAUGUUGCGCGAGGGUGAAACCGAACAAUCUGCCCAGCUGUGCGCCUUCAUCGGUAUUGGCAAUUCCGAUCAGGAUAUGCAACAAUUGGACCUUAACAAUGGUAAACAAUACUGCGCGGCAAAAACUCUGUACAUAUCGGACUCCGACAAGAGAAAGCACUUUAUGUUGUCCGUAAAGAUGUUCUACGGCAGCGGACACGACAUUGGGGUCUUUCAUAGCAAAAGAAUAAAAGUGAUCUCUAAACCUUCAAAGAAAAAACAGUCACUAAAGAAUGCUGAUCUCUGUAUAGCAAGUGGCACCAAGGUCGCUCUAUUUAAUAGGCUCAGGUCACAGACAGUGAGUACGCGUUAUCUGCACGUGGAAAACGGCAACUUCCAUGCGAGCUCGACGCAGUGGGGUGCAUUCACUAUACAUCUAUUAGACGACAAUGAGAGUGAGUCUGAAGAAUUUCAGGUUCGCGACGGAUACGUACAUUAUGGAAGUACGGUGAAACUUGUCUGCUCUGUAACGGGUAUGGCUUUGCCCCGACUUAUAAUAAGAAAAGUCGACAAGCAAAUGGCCAGUUUGGAAGCAGAUGAUCCUGUCUCUCAGCUUCACAAGUGCGCAUUCUACAUGAAGGACACAGAUCACAUGUACCUGUGCCUGUCGCAGGAGCGAAUCAUUCAAUUUCAAGCAACGCCAUGUCCUAAGGAGGCGAACAAAGAAAUGAUCAAUGACGGCGCGUGCUGGACCAUCAUCAGUACAGACAAAGCAGAAUAUCAAUUCUUCGAAGGAAUGGGUCCAGUCCGUUCACCAGUGACACCGGUACCGCUGGUCCACAGUCUUCAUCUGAAUGGCGGAGGUGACGUAGCUAUGUUGGAACUGACUGGUGACAAUUUUACACCUAAUCUUCAGGUCUGGUUUGGCGACGUCGAGGCGGAGACCAUGUACCGGUGCCAAGAGAGUAUGCUCUGCGUAGUACCGGAUAUAUCUCUCUUCAGGGGAGAAUGGCUUUGGGUACGUCAACCCACUCAGGUACCAGUAUCUCUGGUGAGAAACGACGGCAUCAUCUACGCCACAGGUUUGACCUUCACCUACACUCCCGAACCCGGGCCUCGACCUCACUGCGCUCCUGCUGAUGAGAUAAUGAGGGCACCACGUUCCAUGCACAAUCAAGCCAGUAUGCCUCCAGCAAUUGCGGACGUACCCUGGAGCACUCAUCAGCCACCCCAGUCGGGCCUCUGAUGUUUGUGAAUAAAGAAUCCUGACGAAAGUGAUAGUAACUCUUCUUGAGUUACGAAUGAGAGUCUCUUAGCUGUAAGGUACGCGACACGCAAGGUGGACAUUGUCGAGUCAUAGAUGGGACAAUUCAUUUUCAAAGACAUAGACAACUAUUUCCAGAGUAUUGUCUUGGUUAUGACGUUGACCCUAGUUCGUCUAAUUUUUUCUUGGCACUGCGUAUCGACGCGGAUGAUAAGAUGGUGACGAUGUGGAUGGAUGUGUCCGGACAACUGUAUAAUACAGUCCAGAAUACAAUUUUACAAAGAUAAUUAUUUAUCAUAGCAAUUAGUAAGUUCAACGACGUGUGUGUGCUAUCGCGUUAUUCCUAUCUGGCGCCAAAAGGACGUCGGAUCUCAAAAGAAAUAUGUACGCAAUUCUGGACCGAGAGUUUAUAUAUAUAUAUAUAUAUAUAUACAAUUCUAUAAUUAGAAUAAUAUCAACAUUAUCCUGUGGGAUAAUUUUAUUCAGAUUCGUAUAAAUUUUGUAUA